AUGGCCACUAUUAAUAAAAGUCAGUUUAAGGUACAAGUUAAUUCGUGGAAUCUGGGCAAUCAAAUAAUAAAAAAUGUGGCAAAAUCAGCGCGUAACCAUUUGCAGGAAAGUAUUUACCAAAAAUCCAUUGAAGCGAAUUGUGAUGACUUACUGACAAUAUACAGCAAUGCGAAAAGCACCUAUGAUCUUAAAACUAGAUUUAAAAAGGUGUCUGAUGUCUUGUCGAUUUUAAAAAUUUGCGAAGAACAUGUUAAUAAAAGUAUUUCUGAGCUAAAUGGAAUUAAAGUAACAAUGGAAAAAGAUAUCCAACAAUUACAUGAAUACGAAAAUUUCAAUAUUCAAAGCUUAACUCUCAGAGAUCGACGUGCCGGCAUAGAUUAUGUGGAAGAUAAGCCUGAUUUUGAAUUGAGAAAAGAAAAAGAAAUCUUGCAAAAAAAUAUUAAGCUUAUGCAAGCUCAAAUAGAUAAAGUCUUCGAGAAGAUACUUCGAUUACAAGAGGUUCGUCACAAGUUGUUGAAAGAUAUUGAGGAUAAACACGUGGCGAAGGACAUCGACUUAAGACAGUACCAUUUAACUCCCGCUGAAGCUAGUUUAAAAGUCAAUCCCACAGAAACACCGCGCAACAUCGUAAGUAUAAGGGAAUGGGAAAGAUUUUCUCUGCAAAACAUAUACCUAAGUAACAAAGUGACACAUGAGUCUCCAUUUCUAUAUAAUGAAAGUAAUCAGUUGGCUGCGAAUGUUGGCAUCGAGGUGAAGGAACAGUAUAAAGCUGUUAAUGCUGCUUUACGAGAAAGGAUUCAUGAGAUAUUUCAAGUUAUAAAUCAGCUCAACUGGGAGAAGAAACAAACUGAAUACAACAUAGAAAUAACAAUUCGUGAAAUCGACAGGCUAGAAGAUUUGUUGGCUGGUGAAUUGCCAAGGAGAAAAAUAGCUGAAACACGAUUGGAAAAUCGUAAAAUUCGACCAGGAAUGGAGUUAUGUGACGACAUACCCCAUAGGCAAUUAAUCAGUGAAGUUGUACUUCAUGAAUCUACUCUCAAAUCACUGAAAGAUCAGAUGGGAUUCUAUCGAGGUCAACUAAGUAACCUCAACCGCGCACUCCAUCGUAUAGAGAAGGACCUUCUUUUGAAAACGAGUACUCACGAACUAGACCGUGAAUGCCUGAAGAUGCGCGAAAUGCUACCGGCAAUGGAAUGGACAAGGGUAGAAAUGGUGGAACCAAAUGGCUCACAGAAUUAA